GCUGGUUGUUGUAAAGGAUUUUGCCUCCAUAGACAGAAAAGUGGAGCGGAUAACUUUUUGGAAUUCAGCCUAGGGUGUCCUCUUUGACUUUUUGCUCACUCCAGGCUUGCACUCUCUCUCUUUCUCUCUCAGUCUUUCCCUGCGGAAAGGUUGACACUUAAGAGGGUUUAUUUAUCCUGAAGAACUCAGUGCGUAGAGCCUCGCCACCGUCGCAGUGUCACUCAGGAUGCACAGCUUUAUGGGAGGGGGCCUGUUCUGCGCCAUAGUGGGGAACAUCCUGCUGGUGGUCUCAACUGCGACAGACUACUGGAUGCAGUACCGCCUGUCGGGCAGCUUCGCCCACCAGGGCCUGUGGAGGUAUUGCAUGUCGGGCAAGUGCUACAUGCAGACAGACAGCAUCGCCUACUGGAAUGCCACCCGUGCCUUCAUGAUCCUGUCGGCCAUGUCGUGCUUCGCCGGCAUCAUCGCCGGCAUUCUCUCCUUUGCCCAUUUCUCCGCCUUCGAGAGGUUCAACCGAUCCUUCGCUGCAGGGAUCAUGUUCUUCGUCUCCACUCUAUUUGUUCUGCUUGCAAUGGCCAUCUACACUGGAGUGACGGUGAACUUCCUGGGGAAGCGAUUCGGUGACUGGCGCUUCUCUUGGUCCUACAUACUGGGCUGGGUGGCACUGCUCAUGACCUUCUUUGCAGGAAUAUUUUACAUGUGUGCCUACAGAAUGCAUGAAUGCAGGAGAGUGGUGGGCCCACGCUAAAAGAGAGAGGAAAGCCAGUGAAAAAAAAUCGGGACAUUUUGGCCCCGCAAAUCC